AUGUCUAUCUGUGGGAAAUCAUUUAGUCCAAUUUACCCACGCCCGGUGGAUGAUGAUACCGAUGUUAACCCACGGUUUUCGAGGCUUCGCCUCGCUGCAUCAAACCCAGAUUGGAUGCCCUUGCUUAGCCACAAUCAGGUUGCCCAGGCACAUAAGGUACUGCCCGUGGACACCUCAUCUGCCGUAGUCGAAAAUACUUCCCUUCCAGCAGCUUCCUCUGAUCCGCCAUCCACCUCUUACAUGGGUUUUUUAAACAGAUUCUAUCGCACUUCGAAUUCACCAACAUCAUCGACUCAAACGCAUGUGAAGAAAGCCCCGCAACCACCGGCAGCACUAGGAGAAGCUGGUGACGAUAUAAGCUCGCUGUCAGUGAAGCCGGUGCUACCCAUCGAUGUGGCCAUUUCUAUUGAGCCCAACAAAAAGGUUUCUGCAGUCUUUCCUUUUCCCAUUGGUGAAACUUCAUCGUCACUGGCGAUGAGUGACGGCACGUGGGGUGCCCUUGGAUCUGUUUCCAUUCCUAAAGUCACUAAGGCAAUUCGUAGCCGCCCGGUGGCACCAUUGUCGAUUGAUUGCAACUGUAGUGCGCCCAAACCACUCUGGGCGGAUCUACCCCAGGCGAUGUCGUCUUUGCUCGGUCGUCGUGGUUAUUCGACAGCGACUCCAUCACUUUUUGGAAGAAACGCGUUGCGCACGGAGGAAACCUCGGCCUCGGAAAGGUUCAAGCUUUUUCCCAAACUAAAUCUAACACACGGGGAUACCACACCCACAUGCACCCCGGCACCGCCAUGCCCGAUCUCCACGAGCCCGACUCGGGAUGCGGAGACGGCGGCCGCCGCGGCAACCCCCCUCAUGGGCGCCUCUUCCACCCCCCAAACGUUUCUUAAGGGGCCGCCUCAGCCACUGCUGCCACCUUCGCCGACAAGGCUGCCCGCGUCUGUUAGAACUGAGCAGCAGGUCAUGGCGGGCCUUUCCUCAAUAGACGAGGAUCCGUCAGCUGAUCUAAUGUUCUUGACUCAUAAAGAGAAUGAUGCGGAUUCCCUCUUUCCCGAUGCCACUCCAGAAUUUCACAUGUACCAUAACUCGAGCGCAUCUGAAGCACCUAAUGACAUCGUCAAUGAAAAGCCUUCCGCGGCGCCUACGUCGCCAGGGGUCUUAGGAUUUAGCCAAUCGAUUGAGGAGCCCGGGAUCACGCGCAUUGCGGCCGAGAAAAGAGCCAACGUUCGUAAUUUCCUCAAUACCCUGUUCUCAUCAUCGAUGGUCGCUGCGCCCAGCUCCGAUCUCGACGACAACGGGAAUACCACCCACCGUCUACACCCAGAGGCUGACGCCAACACUAACUUCGAUUCCCUUGAGUGGGCUAUUCGUGGGUCGAUUGAGACGCCCCUGAAUUUUGUGGGCUCGUUUGUCAGCCAAACCCUAGCCGGCAAUAAGGCAACGGAUCGAAACUCUUACCCUGACAAUAGUUUAGAUAGGCUUGAAGACAGGGGUGAGGAGGGUUUGGAGCACUUGCGUCGCGUGGUGAGCAUUGUUAUACAGACGUCGCAGCAACAAUCAUCGCCUGAGAACGACUUUGCACAGUGGGGCAGAGGGGGCGGUGAUGCCAAUGGGGGAGUUGGUGCAACGAGUAGUAGUACUGGUGUGUCGAAUUACGUAUUUGAAGGCAACAAUGCUCCACUAUUCUUUGGCGCUUAA